GGGUCAGUUCCCUCUUGCUGUUAGCAUCUAGUACACCAGCUGGUCAACUACUCCGGCCAUAUCGCAAUAUGCCAAUUCAGUUCAAAACGUGAUCCGUCACCAGCUGACACUAUGAACUGCAACAGUUUAAAUACCAGCGUUCCCCCUCACUACGCGACACCAUGGCUCUCUCUUUCCCCAGAUCAGUCGUUAACUCCUCUCGUGCGGGUAUCCCCCAAGCAUCUGCCAUAGCUCGUAGACCGCCCAACGUAUUCAUCACCCCUUCUCUAACAACCCCCAGUCUUUCUGAACCACAAACCGACCAACACAUCAUUCUGACGCGUAAACGCCACUCUGAUUUCAAUCCGCACGCCAUACAGAACGACCACAGACACGCUGGUCAGUUCCUGAGAUGGAAAGAGUGGAAUCUCAAAAACCAAUCCAUGCUGAAGACCAAGAUGAUCAAAACUGGGGACAUCUUGGUCGCGGGGGCUGCGACGGACAUAGCAUAUACACACACCGCCCAAGCUUCGACACUCCUCGAUUCACGGAUAUUCAAAAUCCAGCUUCUCGAUCCUCUAGAUUCCCCAGAUUGUCUGGGAUUCCGAUGUAGACUCAUUUCGAUUGGGGAUACUGUGCUUCCCCAUACACCCAGUGCUACCUCCAAGUUCAUCGUCAAACUGUACGAUGAUCGGUUCUUCCCAUCCCCUAGUCUGGACCAAGGCUCGAUCUGGUACAAGCCCGGGGAUAAUCACUCUUCGGCUGAAGAUUAUAUUCGGAGCGAGCUAGUGGCAUAUAAUCAACAGCAGAGAGGAAGAUCGAGGUGCCAUGGAGCGUUCAAGUUCGUGCUAUCUCGAAAUGGACAUUGGUUGAAUGGGCUGUUGGUGGAGGAGGCGUGAAAUGUACACAUAGACUCGGAAGAUUAUUGCAACCCCUGUACCAGUAUCAAUUAGCCUAAAAAUACACUAACUACCCU